AUGUUUUGCGCUUGUCGUAGAAACAUACUCUCGAUUAGUCGAGCAAGAGUGCCGACUUUUGGGAGGAUCAGAUACCAGUCUUCGUUUACAUUCAAUGAUAACGCCUCUCUGCUUGCAGAGGAGCAAGCUGCGGAGGUUCAGAAUGGGACCGGCAAGAAUGCGCGCUCUGAAGGUGCAUCCGCCUCACCUGCGGCCAAAGUCACCGUUGAAGCAGGACGCCCUGAAGAGAGUAGACGGGCACGCAAGCGUGACUACUCAUGGUUCCCUGUCGCACCCAGCACACAGCAUCUCACAAAUGAGGACAUAGCACUAUCGAACCUGUUUUCCAGGCAGCGGCCAAUUACACCGACGCCCCGCGAGGAUGGCGUACAGCAUUUAAUUUUGGUGCUGGAGCUGCCGGACUUGCUACCUCGAAAGUCGGGGCUUGCGGGUCACACGCGGAGCUCAGAAUGGAACACUGUUCCGCCUGCAAUGUUGAAGGCGAUGGCCCGAUUCCGCCCUCCGCCCGGGACACGUAGAGGCGGGAGGCGCCGGCCGGUGCUACCGCCAACGCGUAAGCGUGAAGACUAA